AUGCCGAAGGUUUACGUUCCCAAAAAGUGCCCCUACGACAAAAAGAACAUGGAAACAGCACUAAAACUAAUAGAUAAUGGCACGUUAUCUCUUAGAAAUGCAGCUAAACAGUUUAAAAUUGACAAAUCUGCUCUUUCGAGAAGACGUACUCGUUCACUUGGUAAACAGGGAAGGAAACUUCUCUAA